CUAGUGACAGUCAAAAUGCGAGUUAUUGCUGUAUUGGCCCUUUGUGUAGCUGCGGUGGCAGCUUCGCCAUCUGGUACCCAGAGGAUCGUGGGAGGCUCUUUAGCUCCUUUUGGCCAGUAUCCUGGGAUCGUGGCCCUUCUCACCACAUUCAACCAGGUCACUUAUUUCCAAUCUUGCGGUGGGAAUAUCCUUAACAACAGGUCAAUUCUAACUGCUGCUCACUGCGUCGGAAAUCGGUCUCCAGCUAUGUUCCGCUUCCGUGCGGGCUCAAUCUUUGCCAAUAGUGGUGGUGUUGUCUACAGUGUUCAACAAAUCAUCAACCACCCCAACUAUAACCAGGCCGCCUUUUUAGAUUAUGACUUUGCCAUCAUGCGCUCUGCCUCAACUAUUGUUUUCAACAACCAUGUGAACCCUGUUCGCCUCGCAGGCGCUAAUUAUAAUUUGGCUGACAACCAAGUUGUCUGGGCUGCCGGCUGGGGUUUGACUGAACAGGGUGGCUUCUCAUCAGAGCAACUACGCCACGUCCAAGUCUACACUAUCAACCAAGAAAUCUGCAGAAACCGUUACGCCGGCAGAUAUGUUAUCACUGAGAACAUGUUGUGCUCCGGCGUGUUGGACGUCGGUGGCCGUGACCAGUGCCAACAAGACUCCGGCGGUCCUCUCUAUCACAAUGGAGUCCUUGUUGGUGUCUGCUCCUUCGGCACAGGAUGCGCUCAGGCUCAGUUCCCCGGUGUCAAUGCACGUGUGUCUCGUGCGUCUGCUUGGAUUGUCAGCAACGCUUAAAAUGAAUUACACAGUACCAAGAGCAUA